GCGGCGCGCGGGGAGACGCCGGCGCGAACCUGCGCAGGCGCGGGGGCCAGCCCCGGGACCCCUGGGGCGGGGGAGGGUCCGGUCCGUCAGCCCCACCCCACGCCCCCCGGCGUCGGGCGCGAGCGGAGGCGGGCGGCGGGGGAGCGCCAGCGGCGCGGGCGGCGCGCAAGUCUCUGCGAGGCACUGGGCGUCCGCGAAGGCAGGAUCCAAGUUUCUUCAGCAUGGGAAUGUGGUCCAUUGGUGCGGGGGCCGUAGGGGCUGCUGCCUUGGCACUGCUCCUGGCCAACACAGACGUAUUUCUGCCCAAGUCCCAGAAAGCAGCGCUGGAGUAUCUGGAGGAUAUAGACCUGAAAACACUGGAGAAAGAGCCGGCAACUUUUAAAGCAAAGGCACUCUGGGAAAAGAAUGGAGCUGUGAUUAUGGCUGUGCGGAGGCCAGGCUGUUUCCUCUGUCGGGAGGAGGCUGCAGACCUGUCUUCCCUGAAACCCAAGUUGGAUGAGCUGGGCGUCCCCCUCUAUGCCGUGGUAAAGGAGCAGGUCAAGACUGAAGUGAAGGAUUUCCAGCCUUAUUUCAAAGGAGAAAUCUUCCUGGAUGAACAGAAAAAGUUCUAUGGUCCCCAAAGGCGGAAGAUGAUGUUCAUGGGAUUUGUCCGUCUGAGUGUCUGGUACAACUUCUUCCGGGCCUGGAGUGGAGGCUUUUCUGGAAACCUGGAAGGCGAGGGCUUCAUCCUUGGGGGAGUUUUUGUGAUGGGACCAGGAAAGCAGGGCAUUCUUCUCGAGCACCGAGAAAAAGAAUUUGGAGACAAAGUAAACCUAGUUUCUGUUCUGGAAGCUGCUAGGAAGAUCAGACCACAGACUUCAGCCUCAGAGAAAAACUGAUUGUGUAAAACUGCCCAGCUCAGGGAUAACUAGGGCUCUCACCUCUGUUCAUGGGAUGUGUUUGUUUCCAUUGCUGUCCCUAGGGAGUUAGAAACCCAUUUAUGCUAUAUUCUCAGUAUAGACAACUAACAUAUUUUAAUAUUGUACUCUGUUUAGGCCUAGUAAGGCAAAAUAGCCCCCAAACAAGACUGAUAAAAAUCUAAGAAGCUAAUAAGGCUUAUUUCAGCUAAAACAUGGAAAAUCUGAGGCUUAAAGUUAACUGUUACACCUCAUUACAAAUGUAUAUGGUGUUUGAGUGCUGUUAUUUGAAAUGAUUUUUAUUUUCAUGUCUUCAAAAGUCUAAGAAAAGUUGAUGAUUGACUUGAAGAUUAAGGGUAUAAGGUUUUUGGCUUGUGUUUUCAAUGAAUGAUUUAUUAUAUGUUAAAUUAAUACUCGUAUAAAAGAAUUGACGUGCUUUGGAUGGCUUGAUAAAGGUAAAUUAUAAAGUGAAACCUAUUUUUUCAUUGUCUUCCAUUCUAAUCUUGGAGAUUUGAUUUUCUUUAAGAAAUGUUCAAACGAGAUCACCAUUGGAAAAAAAAAAGAAAUGUUCAUCUCUGGCGCUAAUAAAAUGAAGCAUCAGAAAUUGCCCAUAUAUACAAAUGUUUCUGAUAAAGCCAACAAUAAAAAUAUUUACCA